GAGGGGUGGAGGAGGGGAAAUGAUGGGAUGUCGGUUGCUGUGGCAAUGCGCAGGCUCUGUGAGGAGACUAAGGCUACUGCUGCUGCUGCUGCUUACUGAUCAAGAGACGAGCGCCUGUGCUUCUGCUAGCUUACACCGUGGUGUGAGAGAGAGACAGCACAGCCUUUGUGAGAGUUGCUUUCUCUCUGUAUGAGAGACAGAGAAAUGAACGUGCGCACCACUGCUCACCAUGCUGGGGAUUUGCUGAUGCUAGUGCGGUUCUGACUUGCUCAGACUAGGAGGGGCUUUCUCCAGUCUCCAGCCUGCUUCACAACAACUAGAGCUUUGACUGCAGGGUUGUGAUCGAACAGAUCUUUAAGUGGCCGUGUGAGUGUGGGCAGAAGUAUGGAGGCUCCGCUUGUCUGUCUUGAUGAGGAGUUUGAGGAUCUUCGGCCAUGCAAAAUGGAGGAACUGGAACCGGCACCUCACCAACCUUACGGGACCAUUCCUCUCGCUCCGCUGUGCCGGGAAGACUUCUCUGAGCUGGAGAACUUCUCAGAGAUGAUGAGUUUUAAGUCCAUGGAGGAUCUGGUGAACGAAUUUGACGAGAAGCUGAAUGUGUGCUUUCACAACUACAACACCAAGACAGAGGGCCUGGCUCCGGUACGCAAUCAGUCACAUGCUGAAGAGGAUGAGGAACGGCUGCAGGAUGAAGAUGUAUGGGAUGCUCUGACUGAUAACUAUCUGCCAUCCUCUGUGUCCAGCUGGGAUUGUCCAAAUUCAGAGACACUGAAUGGCAACCUUUCAGAUGAUGAAAUACACGAAAAAGAGGAGGAGGAGAUGAAUGAGAAGAACGAAAAUGCCAACUGUCUGACUGAAGAACCUCUCAUCACAGCUGACCAGGUGAUAGAGGAGAUUGUUGAGAUGAUGGAGAACUCUCCUGACCCAGGUGAGACAGAGGAAGAGGAGGAGGAGGAAAGCGGUAUCUCCUCCCCUAAGACUAACCCCUCUCUCCUGGAGGAGAUCCGCAUGCUGUCUCAGGCCGCCAACAAUAACAACUGCUCUUAUGAAGGAUUAAGGCUGAUGCCGAGCUCGGAUCUGCUGGAGCUGCUGGGCCGUGUGGAGAUGGCAGUAAGGGAAUACUCAGAGGAACUGGUGACUCAGUUGGCACGGAGAGACGAGCUGGAGUUUGAGAAGGAGGUGAAGAAUACGUUCAUCACAGCCCUCAUGGAGGUGCAGAACCGGCAGAAGGAGCAGCGGGAGCUCAGCAAGCGCCGGCGCAAGGAUAAGGCCAUGAGCCUGCAGGGAACUGGACGCUCAGAGAAGACAGGCAGCAUGCCUGUGAAGCGAUUCAGUAUGGAGGGUCUGUCUAACAUCCUGCAAACGGGGAUCAGACAGACCUUUGGAAACUCAGGGAUGGACAGACAGUAUCUAAACACAGUGAUCCCAUAUGAGAAGAAAGGAGCUCCUCCAUCUGUUGAGGAACUUCAGAUGCUGACAAAAAUUCUUUAUGCCAUGAAGGAGGACAGUGAGAAAGUCCCCACCCUGCUAACUGACUACAUACUAAAAGUUCUGUGUCCCACGUAAACACCUGUGUGUGCUGUCCUACCUUUGGGGCUGUGAGGAAGGCUGGGGUUUUCCUCCCUCACUCAUUCACUCACUCACACUCUCUCUCACUCAUUCACUCACUCUCUCUCUCUCUCUCUCUCUCUCUCUCUGCUUCAGUCCCAGCUGCAUGAUCUCCUUAACACUAUCAUCAAGGGACCUUUAAAAUCUAAACAUCCUCAAACUUUUGCUUAGGCUAAUCCAGUUCAUUUCACUGUCCUACCUGCGUGUGCACAUAUCCACAAGGCCAGUAAAGCAGAGCUCGGUGCUUUCCUAUUUUUUGUAUAUUUUACAAUGGGCCAAAAGCCAUAUGGAGCAUGCUAGGAGGAAACAGACAACAAUAACAAUCCGUUUCCAUCAUUGAUCAGGUAUUCUCUACUCCUCUCUUUCUCUCUCCUUUUUUUUUUUAUUUUUUUUUAAAAAAAAGAUAAGCCCAUAUGAAGGCACUGUGUUUCUUCUUGUCUGUUCAGAGGUGUUCACAGGUGUAUUGAAGAACGUUGGAACACAUUCUGUCCAUCUGUCACCUUCUCCUUUUUGCUGUUUCUGUAUUGUGGCUUCAUCUUAGUAGAUAGCAUGUUUUAAUGUUCGUAUUAAUGCUAAUUUAUAGAAAAACACCAACUGAUAACCAGAGGCCACUUAUUUAAUUCUGUUAGUUUUCAGACCAUGAAGAAUUAUUUUUUAAGCAUUUUUUUGUUUUUUAUUUUAAUCACAAAUCCUGUCAAGUCAUUAUCACCAGAGAGUACAGUUUCCACUCUGAGUUAGUGUAAUUUAGUGUCAUCUAUGCCAUGAUAUGAGCAUAUCUUUAAUGUAUAUACUGUAUUUCUUGUUUAUUAUGGGGCAUGGA